UGUCUGUUACUAAACAAGGAGUGUGCCCAGCCAUACAUCCGGGCAUGGUCGGCAUCUGUACACAAGAGUGCAAUGGCGAUGAACAUUGUGAUGGAGACAAAAAGUGUUGCAGUAAUGGAUGUGGACGUGUUUGUGUUGAUGCUGAACCAUUAAUCAAACCUGGCCACUGCCCUGCUGUUCAACAAGGUAAAAUUGGAGCUUGUGUACAAUAUUGCAGCACUGAUGAAUCAUGUGCAGCAUUCCAAAAAUGUUGUUCAAAUGGUUGUGGGACAAUUUGCAUAAACCCAACACCAGUUGUUAAGGAAGGUUUAUGUCCAGCAGUUUACCCGGAUCAGGCCGGAACAUGCAGUAUGGAAUGCUACGAUGAUGCACAUUGUGAGGGAAGCAAAAAAUGUUGUGGUAAUGGAUGCGGACGUGUAUGUGCAGACCCAGGUCACACAUGUCGCUAUGGAAACUUAGAUUACAGAGAAUUAUCGUCCAGAAUAGACGAGUGUAAUACAUGUGUCUGUAAACGAAAUGGUUGGUCUUGCACCGAAAAUGAGUGCACAUUGCCUUGUGAAUACAGCAAUAAGCAAACGAAACAUUUGGAACGACUUGAACUGGAUUGUGUGAGUUGUAUAUGUUACAAUAGUGUGUGGAAAUGUGAAAGUUCUAAAUGCAAACCAAGCUAUAUAAAAUACAACAUCAAUUUUGCCUUCGACGCAGAUUAUAGCAUCGUACGAGGAAAUGAGGAUGACUUCACAGUAAAAUUGAUUCAAUCGCUAGAAAGAUACUUUGGAAUAAAAAAUAUCAUAUCAGAUCUCACUGUCAGAGAAGGAAGCAUAUUGGUUUCAUAUAACCUUAUUGCGAUGAAUGCUAAUGAAGACUUGAAUAGCAUAGCAAUUGAAAUGGAGAAUGCGUUCACGAAAGGUCUUUACAAUAUGACAUACGGUGGAGAUGUACUUAUCGUCAAGGCGGAUACAUUCACGAGGCAGAAACUUCAGGGAAAUCAACCUGAAAAAUCCUUUAAUUAUAUUGGAAUCGGCGUAGGGUGUGUUCUGGUUGGGUUAGUUCUAAUCAUUGGACUGGCCACUGCUAUUAGAAAGAGGAAAUUCCGUAAAAGCAAGAAAUACACGAUGAAUGAAGUCCUCUGUGACCCUGCCCAGGAUAAUGGUCAUGCUACUGGUAUUAACAAUGGUUCAUUUGAAGAAUACUAAAGCCUAUUGCACCAUACUUUCCUGCCGACUCGUAUCGACUAUAUUAUUCCAUGUUUUGAUUUGUUAUUACUGAAGCACGCCCUCGAUAUAUUUAACUGUAAACACGUUGUUUUUUUAUUAUUAUUUGUUCAUAUUCAAUGAUUUAUCAGACUGUUAACAAAUUGGAAUUGGAAAAUUGGAAAUGUUUUAGUAUAUGUAUAAUAUGACAUUCAACUCAGGUUAAUUUGCCAAUAUUUCAGACCCAGUGAUGUGAUUGUAAUAUUAUCUACAAUAUGUAAAUACUCGGAUUCUUCCCAAAAAAUAAAUG